AUGGAGGCACUACCGAAAACUCGUUGUUUAGAAUUCAACCCGAACACUUUGAGUGCUCUGCGCGAGCAAUACAACUAUGGGACACCAAAACUGAUGAACGAAGCCAUCGAUAUUUUGGAACAGUGGCUCCAAAAGCAGGACCACUUGACAAAAAAAGAUUUCUCCCGGGAGUAUCUGGAACGUUCCAUUAUCAUCAGCAAGGACGUCAAAGAGUUGUUAAAGGAAUAUAAUGGAGAAAUAAUUGAUUUUAUUGUUCCCAAGCUGACUGAAGACAAUUACCGAGUUUACAUCUUGCAGAACUGCGGAAAGCAGUCUAGUUUCCUUAACUACUUUAAGUUCCUGCUCGUGAUGUGCGAAUAUUUCCAAUCUCACGACUAUUGUAACGGUGUGAUGGCUGUCUUUGAUUACCGCAAAGCGAAUGUUCUGGAAAUCAUUAAGGCCUUGAAUCUAGUGGAGUUGCGACAAGUUGUGGCGAUUAUCACGGAAGGCUACAGUUUAAGGCUCAAAGGUCUCCACUUUAUUACACCAUCGAAGGCUAUCGAUGCGAUAGUAACGAUGAUGAAACAGGUGAUGAGUGAAAAACUUGCGAAGAGAAUUUUCGUGCAUAACAAUGUGAGUUCUUUGGGGGAACAUAUAGCCCCAUUAGACAUAUUACCAGAAGAAUAUGGCGGGAAAGAGAGAUCAGCGCAAAAGUUGCAUGAUGAAAUUAUAGACGAAGUAAAUUCAAAUGAAUUUAUGGAUUAUCUUAAAGAACUGAAGAGCGCAAGGAGUGAUGAGUCUAAGCGCCAUAUAGACAAAUUCAACGAUCUAUACAUGGGAACGCCUGGAUCCUUCAGGACUUUAAAUGUGGAUUAG